AUGUCAGACUCAGAGGGGUGCCAGGAGGGUGCCGAAGGUGUCAACCAAGUGGGAGAUGAAUCACCUGGGGAGAGCGAGAGGCUGACAGCGCAGUGGAGCGUGGAAGACGAGGAGGAAGCAGCGAGAGAGCGACGGCGGCGGGAGCGGGAAAAGCAGCUGAGGUCCCAGGCAGAAGAAGGCUUGAAUGGCACUAGCUCCUGCUCGGAGAGCGCAGGUCCAGCACAGGAAAACCACUAUGACUUUAAGCCAUCCGGGACUUCGGAGCUGGAGGAGGAUGAGGGGUUCAGUGACUGGUCCCAGAAGCUUGAGCAACGCAAACAGAGGUCUCCGCGACAGUCAUAUGAAGAAGACGACGGUGGUGUGAGGGAAGCUGAAGUCAAACUGGAGCAGAUCCAGCUGGAUCAGGAAAGCCCGGAGGAGAUCCGGGAGGAGAAUGUGGCUACUGAGGAGGAAGAGAGGCUGUGCCAAGAGGAAGAACGGGUCCAAGAGCAGGAGGAAGAGGAGAGAGCUGAGCAAGAGGAAAAGAAGAGAAGAAGAAAUGAAGAAGAAGAAGAAACACCAGAAAAACGCCAGAAGGCCCCAAGCCCCGCCAGCCUGGAAGAGGAGGAGCUGUGCUCUGACCACACUGCAGUGUGCUCCACGAAGAGGGAUGGGCAAACCCAAUCUCUGAACACCAGCAUCCUGAAAGUUAACAGCAUAAAGAAGUCCCAGCCUCCCCUCCCAGUGUCGAAGAUCGAUGACAGGCUGGAGCAGUACACACAGGCUAUUGAGACGUCCACAAAGGCUCCAAAACCUGUCCGACAGCCCUCUCUGGACCUUCCCACCACAAGCAUGAUGGUAGCCAGCACAAAAAGCCUCUGGGAGACUGGAGAGGUUGCAGCUCAGUCUGCCGUGAAGUCCCUGCCCUGUAAGGAUAUCGUGGCUGGAGACAUCGUGAGUAAAAGGAGCCUUUGGGAACAGAAGGGCAGUCCCAAACCCGAGACUAACAUCAAGUCCACUCCUUCUGGCAAAAAGUAUAAAUUUGUUGCAACAGGCCAUGGCCAGUACAAGAAGGUGUUGAUAGAUGAUCCUGCAGAGCAAUAGCAUGCCUGGAGAACUCAUUAAC